AUGGAUGAUUCCUCGCCACCAGAGAGCAUCGAUCAAACGAAGGAGAAGAAGAAGAGCAGAAGACCCGCGAACACGGCGUUUCGCCAACAACGUCUGAAAGCGUGGCAACCAAUUCUCACCCCGAAAACCGUCAUCCCCCUCUUCUUCGUCAUAGGUAUCAUAUGUGCGCCUGUCGGUGGAUUGUUGAUCUAUGCCAGCUCUACAGUCAAGGAACUGCGCAUCGACUACACGAAUUGCUUCCGCGAUGCGCCUACCACUGAACUUGCCUUGAUGGAUGACAGCCUGGUCUUCCCGUCGUUCAAAACCAACAAUACCAUUAAUGCUAUGUGGCAGCGUACCUCCCCGGUCAAUUAUACCUACGGCACCUACACAGUUCAGAACCUCACGAAAUGCACUCUUCAGUUUGAGAUACCGGAAGAGAUGUCUCCGCCUGUACUUCUAUAUUACCGCCUCGAGAACUUCUACCAGAAUCACCGUCGCUACGUUGCUUCGUUCUUCGACAAGCAGCUUGCUGGAGAGGACGUCACGAUUUCCGAUGUCGAUGGAUCCAAUUGCCAGCCUCUAGCGACCGUCAACUUGACCAGCGCAAACCCGAAAGCCUACUAUCCUUGUGGUCUGAUCGCCAACUCCGUCUUCAACGACACUAUCAUGAGUCCUAUCUUCUUGAACCCGCCAACGUCGGACGGCAACCUAACUUACGAGAUGAAGAAUACUUCGAUUGCUUGGGAAUCUGACAAGGAGCUGUACAAGCCUAGAGUGAACAACAACUUGGACAACAUUCUCCCGCCUCCCAACUGGCAGAUCCGAUACCCUAAUGGCGUCUACUCUACCGAGAACCCCCCUCCAAACUUGCAGGAAGAUGAGCACUUCAUCGUAUGGAUGCGGACAGCAGGUCUGCCAACCUUCAGCAAGCUCUGGGGGCGCAACGACACGAGUCCUAUGCAGAUAGGCACCUACUCUUUGGAUAUCAUUGACAAUUUCCGAACCGACCAGUAUCAGGGUAAGAAGAGCAUCGUCAUUACGACCCUGUCCGUCAUGGGCGGCAAGAACAACUUCCUCGGAAUCCUCUGGCUCGUCGUCGGCGGAUUCUGCAUCGCCCUCGCCUUGCUAUUCCUCAUCACAAACCUCAUCAAGCCUCGCAAGCUCGGCGACCACACCUACCUGUCCUGGAAUAACGCCCCGUCAUCCGCCGCUGCCAAGGGUAAGGGCAAGGCGUCCGGCCCCACCGUCGGCAUGGCGACCGGUCGCGAUUUGUCGUAG